CUCCUCAGCCUCGCGCUGCAGGUCAUUCUCCUCCUCCUGGCUGGUACUCGCCGGCGUAAAGUACUCGUGCCAAAGAUCAUCCUGUGGAUAGCUUACCAGCUGGCCGACUCGACGGCGAUAUACGCCCUUGGGAACCUCUCCUUCGGCAGCGUGGCAAUUGAAGAGCACCGUCUGGCAGCAUUUUGGGCACCAUUCUUGUUGCUGCACCUCGGUGGCCCAGACAACAUCACGGCCUAUGCACUAGAGGACAACAAACUCUGGUUGCGCCACGCACUGAAUCUUAUUUUCCAGGUAAUCGGAGCUUGCUAUGUGGUCUACAAGCAUAUUAUCGUUCGCAGGGAGGCCACAAUCCUUAGAGUGGCCACCGGAUUGAUCUCCGCCGUGGGCGUUGUCAAGUAUUGUGAGAGAACAUGGGCGCUCUAUCGCAGCAAUUUUAGCAGCAUCGGGAGCUCUCUCGAGGAGUUACAGGGUAACCAACUCCAUUGGUACCAAGGGUACCUACACAAUGAGGAUCAUAACAACACUAACAAUGAAUUCCUUCUGCAACGUGCUCACUCCCUGUUUCACAUAUGUAAGCGUGGGAUAGUAGACUCCGUGAUCAAUGAGGAUACUGAGAAUGCUGAGGCGGAAACCACCAAGGAAAUAAUCAACAAUCUUAGUGAAGAGCCCCAGCGGAUGUAUAAGGUAAUGGAGAUGGAACUGUCCCUGAUGUACGAUAUUCUCUAUACCAAGGCAGCCGUAGUCCACACUUGGAUUGGCUACUGCAUCCGAGCCUUGUCACCCUUUGCUAUUGCCACCUCCUUUCUGCUGUUCUAUUUCUGCGGCAGCGAGGUCAAGGAUGGCCAGAAUGGAGUCGACACCGCUGUUACCUAUGUCCUGUUAGGCGGUGCCCUCUUGAUGGAAACAACGUCCCUCCUCAGCGCUCUGGGGUCAAGCUGGACGCUUUCCUUCUUGUGCGCCAGGAGGUGGAGUUGGCUUCAACAUGUCGCUCUAUGUGUCGGAAGAUGGUACCAGCUCCGACGGGCAGUCCUGGCUGUUCGCAAGCGCGUCGCAGCCUUGACGGGAGGCCUUCUCGGUGGAUCAAGAAACUGGUCGGGCACCAUAGGACAGUUCAAUUUGCUCUACUUCCGUGCCACGCAGGUCAACCCAACCAACAAGCAAUUCGGUAGGCUCAUUAAGAAGCUAGGGUAUGGUGACGAGUGGGACACCGGUUGUUAUUUGUGGGACAUCACAAUUCCCGAGCUGGUGAAGCAGAAAGCAUUGAGAAUGGUCUCCAAGUAUGAUCUCAACACCAUGGGCUUGCUCAGGCAUAAUUGGGGUGAACUGGCACUGAAAAAGCAUACUGAACCCUCAAAAAAAAAUAAAAAUUGUACUGAACUGCUGGAAGAGCUAGAGAAAUUGUGGGGUGACGACUUCCACGGGAGCAUCAUCAUCUGCCACAUUGCCACAGACCUUAUCCUCGCUGAGAUAGAAAAGAACAAGGCCGGCGAAGACGACGCAGCACAACUCCAGUGUGUCGGCUCGAUCAGGGCACUAUCCAACUACUUGAUGUUCCUCCUUGUGGCUCACCCGGAUAUGCUUCGAGGCCUUCCCCAAAAAUGGUUGUACCAGCGGACCUGUGAGAACGUUGAUCAAAACUGCAAAGAGCAUCGUGAAGAACUCAUUUCUUCUGGUGGAAAGGCUAAUAAUGUGAUCUUUAUGGUGCUCAUGAAGCUGUUCGGUGGCCAUAGUAAUAGCUCAACAUCUAUUGGGCUCAGGCAGACGAAUGCACUCGCUAAAAUCCUAUACAAGAGCCUGCCCAGCCAAUUUGACCCCGCAAUUCCUCGCCUUACUUAUGCAAGGUUGGUUGCCAAGGAAAUAAUAAAUUGGAAAGAUGAAGAUGGUCAAUUGAAGAAGCCAGAUGCAAUAUUGAAGGUGCUGCUUAACCUGUGGACAGAUUUUCUCCUCUAUGCUGCCAACAGGUGUAACAGGGAGUCUCAUGCCAAGAAGCUCAACACUGGUGGCAAAAAUCUGGCGGCGCUCAGGCUCGUCGACGACGGGGUAGAGAGGGCUUCUCCGCGCAGGUUGUCGAUGGUGUGGAGGAAGCGCUCGUCUUUGUCGCUGUCAAUCUCCGAGGUCGAGCCGCAGCAGCAGCGCCGCCUCGUCCGCCUCUCCGUCGAGCUCAGCAUGCCGGAUAUGAGAAAGGUGGGAGGGGAUGAGGAUGGAAACAGAGACGGCAUGAGAGAGGAGAUGAAAAAAUGGUUUGGAGUGGCAUGGUUCUAA